AUGGAUUUUUGUAAGACUUAUUUAUGUUUCACUAUAAUUCUAACUAUUCUACCCUUCUCUUCAUGCCGUUCCCUUAUUAACACCAUCACCCCAAAUCAAGCUCUCCAAGACGGUGACCUUUUGAUCUCUACCCGAAACAUAUUCGCACUCGGAUUUUUUAGCCCCAGAAAUUCUCUAAACCGCUACGUGGGAAUAUGGUACCAUCAAAUUCCAGAACAAACCAUUGUUUGGAUAGCUAAUAGAGACGAUCCUCUAAAUGACACAUCUGGAGUUUUGGCCAUCGAUAGUCGUGGAGGGCUUACUCUCUUUGGUAAUAAAAAUCGAAGCUCUUCUUUUUGGUCAACAAAUGUUUCGAUCUCAGUACCAAAUAACUCCAUGGCUAAGCUUUUAGAUGUGGGAAAUCUUGUUUUACUUCGUAAUAACACUGCAUAG